UUCUAUCUCAUGUACUUGAGUUUGUCCAGUGGCAGUGAGGUCGAUCAAUAAUUUUUCACAAAUAUCCUUUUCGCCCAAUCUUAUUUAAUUUUUUUCUUCUUUCCUUUUUUAUGUUUUGAUCUUUCAAAUUUCAACCCCUAUCUAUCUCUAUAGUCUAUAUAAUUAGUUGUACCCGCCAUAUUAAACAAUAUAUAAAUUUCAAAUUAAAUUAAAUAAUUCGCAAAAGCUCCGGGUUGUUUACUUCCGGUGACUAUUCUGGCAACUUCCUCCGUGAACGUCGCCAGAAAUGAACGACUCAUGGAGAACUGGUACGAGCACAUUGGAUGGCCACCCUUGCCGGCGAUCGAUUGAGGACCGAUCAUCUUCACGGAGGACAAGGUCCGUCUUCUCCGGUUCCGGCGUUUCCCACUUCGAAUCCGUUCAUGUAGACGACUACUCUGAUGUCUUUGGAGGUCCACCCAGAACCCUACUCGUUCACAAAUUCUCUAGCGCCGGAUCGCUCUACGACGAAAUUUGCCGGCUGCCGGAGUUCACAUCUCCGGCGGAGAAGGUUGACAUGACCUUGCCUGUGUUCAGGAUUCCUGCGAGAAAUGAUGGAUUUUUCAGCGACAUAUUCGGAUCGGACGAUGACCGGAAAUCAAGAGAGCGAUCGGGGUCUCUGUCGAAGGCGAAUUCUUCGUCGGCGUUAAGUUCCGAGGAAUUAAGCCCUCGGCGGCCGACUAUCGGAGACGAAGUGCCAGUGUCUGCUUUUGCUUCAAAACUGAGGCCAACUAGUGUCUCGUGGAAACGGAACUCAUCAACUAUGCUACCUGAGGAAUACCCAAGUAGGCAGGGAGUGUCUAUUUUUCCAUGGAAUGUUCAGUCAUUUGAAAUUCACUAUCCAGAUAAUGAUCACAAGACAAACUUUAAAAGUUCUCCUAUGGAAUUCUCAAAAAGGGCCUCAUCCCCUGAAACUAUUAGUCUCGGAUCCAAUACAUAUCAAGGCGUCAAAACAUUUACCGAUGACUGCGAGCUCAAUUCACCAUUUUCCGAGUCAAAAUGUUCAGUUCAUGAUUAUGUGCCUUCAGAACAACUUAUACAACAGGAUGACGAUGUUGAUGAUGAUUAUGACAAUGAUGACGAGGUUAUGAGCUCCUAUGUCAUAGAGAUUAACUCCAAUCUCAGAAGGGGAGAUUGUGAAUCAUCAGAUAUUGAUGAAGCAAUUGCAUGGGCCAAAGAGAGGUUUCAAUCGCGAAGCUCUGAGGAAAGCAUGAGAAAUGAUGGCAAUGUGCAGAAAGUUCAAACACAAGGAAGCUCUGAUGCAAGUGAAUACCAUGAUGAUGGAAUGGGAAAAGUUCAACCUCCUAAGAAGCAACAGACAGACACAGAGAAGUUGGAUGAAGAUAUAAGAAUGUGGUCAUUUGGCAAAGAAACUGACAUUCGGCUACUGCUUUCAACACUACAUCAUAUUCUAUGGCCUGAGAGUGGCUGGUAUCCUAUUUCUCUUGUGAAUCUAAAAGAAAAGUCACAGGUCAAGAGGGCUUAUCAGAAAGCAAGGUUAUGCCUACAUCCAGACAAACUGCAACAAAAAGGAGCAACUCUCCUACACAAGUACAUAGCAGAGAAGGCUUUCUCCAUUCUUCAGGAUGCAUGGGCUGUAUUCAUUUCUGAAUCUGUUUCCUUUUGACAAGCUCAUGACACUAGUCAUUGAUGACUCAGUUUUGUCUUGAAAGUUGUGGACAAACAUGGGGACAUUUGAAAACAUCAGCUCUUUUGUACAAAUAUAGUAACUGAUGGAUCCACCGUUUGGUCUUUUUUUGUGUCAUAAAGUUUUUUUUUUUUUUUGACGUUUGUUUGUGUCAUAAUGUUAUUUGAUGCUUUAGUAGAUAUUAUUUUUGAAGUAGUUAUAUGAAGUUAUUUGAUUGGUUUUAGUAUUUGAUUUGUAUAUUGUUGACAUGGACGCAAGAACAAGUUUGUACCAUACUUCCGGUGCCAUAUACGUAGCCCUUCUGCAAUCUCAUCACAUUUCCCAAUUUA